AUGCGUAGAUCUACCUCCUCCAAUUCCAUGUACUGGCUGGCCGUACCCAUGAGAGAACCUGGAGAGUUCCAUAUGUAUGUAUAUAUGAUACGAGUAAUAACAACGGCCAAAGCGACAGUCUCCAAUAGCCAAGUCCUCUCUACUCUCCUCUGGUCCCAACUACUCAAACUUUACUUUUUUGCUACAUCCCUCGUGCCAGUCAGAACUUCGGAAAAUAUAAGUGCAUUUCCUUUCAUGAAAUAUCUCCGCACAUCUAGACUUGGGUACAGAGAAGUUUCCAGCUCUUCCACCGUUUCUUCUUCGCUGGUACCAUAUAUUUUCACAGAGUACACACCAAGGAAGCCAAGCAAUUGGAAGAAAAUGAUCAUGAAUAACGAGUUGGUUGGUCACUCAAAUGUAUAA